CUGGGAGGCAGACGUGCCGCUGAAUGUGGCGCAGCAAAAACACUACACGGAUCACCCAGGAAGCAUCCUUUAUUAUUUUUUUCCUCGCCGUUUAUAGAUUUAUUUGCGUUUUCGCAGAUAAAUCUGCGAGGCGAGCGCUACCAACUGUUUUUAUACACGAGGAUUUAUAAAAUAGCGGAAUAUCCAGGUUUUCCUCAAGGUACCAUCGUAAAGGAGAGGACUACAUUUCCAUCCGACAAGGCCUCUAAUUGACGACAGUAGGCGAUCAAAUUAAGAUUAAAUAUAUUCAGUCAUUUUUAGGGUCGAAUUAUUGUCGUUAUUGUUUAAAUGGAAUCAUUGGAUUUUUAAUUUGGCUAGCGUUCAUAUCAUUAUUGACUUGCAUGCACGUUAGAAUAAAAAAAAAAAACACGUUACAAAACUGCAUUUAUGAACGUUAUUCGACACCGUUUGAGAUUAUUGUAUGUAUUCCCAUGCAGGUGCAGUAGCACUGAAACCUCAAGGGAAAGAUAAUUGAAUCUUGAGACACAGAGCUAUUAUAUGAUUAGCUAUUUUCAAAAUAAAAUCAAAAGGAGCACAUGAAUUGAUUCAAAAAUAACAAUAAUAAUAAAUAUAAUCUAUUGUUUUCAUUGAAGUGGUUAUAUGAGCCAAAAGAAGUACAACAGUUGGGUUGUAAUAUUGGAAAUAAAAGGUUGUGUUAGCAUGGAUGUGUAGUUGCUAGCCUAUAAAGUAGUAAUAACAUUAAAUUUGGAAAAAAUACAUUCUUGAAGAUCCUGAUUUCAAAAUAAAAGCCCAAUCGGUGACAUGCCAACAAUUCGCGUACUACUACUACUUCUCUCCUGCGCAUUAUUUGUGCGCCGGUGUCAUGGGGCGUGUGCUGAAGUCGACUCUGACACGGAGGCAGUGGCGGGCAAGGGAUUUAAACUGGGCUGCAUAUCCUGCAAAAUGAGGAGUGAGGUCAAAGCCAGCGCCACCAUCGAAUGGUUCUUCCAGGCGAAAGGAGAAGAAGAGUUUGUGCAGAUCUACACCUACAAUGAAUACGGCCCCACGAUAGAAUACGACUUCUUCACGGAUCGUCUGGACUGGAACGGGAGCAAGAGCAGCAACGACAUCCAAGACGCAUCCAUCUACAUUCUCAACGUCACCUUCAACGACACGGGCACUUACCGUUGUAUCUUCACCCGUACUCUCUUAUACGAGAACUAUGAGAACACCACGAUGAUCAGCAAAGAGGUUCACCUCCAUGUAGUGGCUAAAGCGACCCGAGGUACAGCUUCCAUCGUGUCGGAGGUCAUGAUGUACGUGUCCAUCAUCGGCCUGCAGGUGUGGCUCCUCAUCGAGAUGAUAUAUUGCUACAGGAAAAUAGCGGCAGCCGGGGAGGAAGCGUUAAGAGAAGCCGCGAACGCGGAGUAUUUAGCAAUAGCGUCGGAAAGUAAAGAUAACUGCGCGGAUGUGCAAGUUGGAGAAUAGCGAAGGCUUCCAUUUUGGAGUGACCGGAUCUCGCCCGCUAACUGCAUGAAACCAAGUUGGGAAGAGGAACAGGACUGCAUCCUCAUCUCCAGUCAUUAUGCACUAAUUAGCCACAUUGUUAAAAGCAUUCACACUUACGUAUUAGGUUGACUUUCUGUCUAUUUAUAUGAUAUGCGCAACACUGCCUGUGUGACGGUUCGGGUUGAUUGUACAUGAAAGCUUUUUUAACCAACUCCUGUUUGAUUUGGAAAAGAGUCCAUAUGGAUGUUAUUUAUAAAAAAACAAAAAAACAAAGUGAACUGAUUGUCUUGGUUCAGUGACACAUUAAAUGUACUAAUAAAAGGAGAAAAGUUUGGUGUUUCGUGUGUGGUUUUACGAAAAUGUGAAAACAGUUUUGGUGUUAUGUUACGCAAGUUUUAUUUUCUUAAAGCUGAAUCAGUUUUAUCUUUACAAUUUUAACACGCAGUCCGUGUCGGGGUAGCGAGGCAGAUUGAGAUGGUACUUCUUUUCCAGGGCGGGUGGCACGAAGCGGCCACCUAGGAAGUGGUGGCGUCCCUUGAAAAGGUUGGCGGAGCUUUUGGGAGCGGUGAGAGAGAUGAGCGUGUCGGGCUGCAAGCCGUCAAUGCUCCCUUGCUCGACAUCCCAAC